UAGAAGGAAGCAAGAAUUCGUUCGAAAUCAGUUUCAACAUGGCGUUCAAUGGUGAAGGUCCGAUGAUUAAGCGUCAGCGAACUGAUUUGGAAAGUGGUCAGCAUAGGAAUCAUGGUGACCAAUAUGCUGCUUAUGGAGAUGAGCCCAGAAGAAAAAGAACGGAGAAUGAAAAGCCAAAUCAUGUGCUCUUAUUCACGGUAUUGAACCCUGUGUACCCCAUCACAGUGGAAGUGCUUCACACCAUUUGCUCACCCAGCGGCCAAGUGCUUCGCAUUGUGAUUUUCAAGAAGAACGGUGUUCAAGCUAUGGUGGAGUUUGACAGCAUUGAAUCGGCAAAAAGAGCCAAAGAAGCUCUGAAUGGUGCCGAUAUUUAUUCAGGUUGCUGCACGUUGAAGAUAGAUUUUGCGAAGCCAACUAAACUGAAUGUUUACAAGAAUGAUGCAGAAAGCUGGGAUUACACCAAUCCAAAUGUUGGGAUCAAACAAGAGCUUCCUGUUGCUGGUCGCCCAGCACCACUUCUACAAGAGCCGCGGUUUGGCGCUGGCCCUCAGCCUUAUCGUGGGGAUGGAAUGCGAGGUGGUGGCGGUGGUGGUGGAGGUGGUGGUAUCCCACCAUAUGCGCCUGUUCCUCCUGAUCGCUACGAUGAUGGUUAUCAGAAUGGACCUGGUUCUGGUCCAUAUCCUGACCAUUAUCCAGAGCGCUACCAGCCUGUUGACAGAUAUGCUCUGAAACCUGAUUAUGGAAGAGAGCCAAUUCAUCCAGCUCCUCCAAGACCAGGAUUUGGGCCACCAGCAUUGGCACAGACACCAGGUGGACCUGCUCCUGCGGUGCCACAGCAAGGCUCUGUGAUGAUGGUUUAUGGGUUGAAUCUUGAAAAAGUCAAUGCAGAAAAGCUCUUCAAUUUGUUUUGCCUUUAUGGCAAUGUUUUGAGGAUCAAAUUCUUGAAAACAAAAGAGGGAUGUGCAAUGAUCCAAAUGGGUGAUGGUUUGGCAGUAGAACGAUGCAUUCACAAUUUGAACAAUGUUCCUCUUCUGGGCUCCAGACUGCAGUUAGGGUUCUCCAAGCAAGCAUUUUUGAGUGAUGUGCAAAAUCCUCAUCCACUACCAGACAAGACCCCUUCUUUCAAAGAUUUUAUGGGGAACAAAAACAACAGGUUCAUUAAUCCAGCCAUGGCCAGUAAGAACAGGAUACAACCACCCUCAAAGAUAUUGCAUUUCUUCAAUACACCUCCAAAUUUGUCUGAAGAUACACUGAACAAAGUAUUUGAGGAAAAUGGUGUUCCACCACCUAAGACAGUUAAACUUUUUCCUCUUAAAACUGAUAGAAGCUCUUCUGGUUUAAUUGAAUUUGAAGAUAUUGGACAGGCUGUUGAAGCUCUCAUGAUGUGCAACCAUGUGCCAAUUCAAAAUCCAGGUGGAAAAUUUCCGUACAUCAUGAAGCUUUGUUUCUCAUCAUCACGUCAGAUUCCAAAUUCCAUGCGCCAUGGAAGUGAUCAGCAACAGUCAUCUCAGCAACAACAGUCUCAGCAGCAGUCACAACAGCAAGACGAGAUGCAAAACAACGGACAGUAGACACUUCUCAGCUUUCUCAUAAGACAAUUACACUUUCUGCGCCCCCUCUGUGGGUUGCCUACUGUAACACCACAUUCAGCUUACAUUACACACAAAGAAAAGAAGAUAUGGCCAAGACAGUGGAUACAGUGAACAUUAACAGUGAAUUACACUGAACAUUAAACUCCUUUACAUUUUACAUUGAUGUGCUUGUCAUAAAUGACUGCGUCUGGAGUUUCGAAACUGUAAACUGUUCAUAGCUUACUGCAUGACAUUGUAAUAUUACUUAUUUUGUUAAUCAUGUGCAUGACGUACUUCACUGCAUAAUGAACUUCUGCCGAUAAGAAUGUGUGAUAAAAUGUAUUUUCUUUUGAUUAACUAAAUGACAUAACACAUUAUUGUUUUCAGGAAUGUACAAAAUUCUUAUUUCUUACAUUUUGAGAACUAAUUUUGGACUGCAUUGAUUUGUGUAGUAGUGUAAGUAGCUAAGCCAUGAGUAAAGUGGCAUAGUUUACACAAAUUGCAUCUGCUUUUUUUCUUUUUGAAAAUCUGUUAAUUUUUUUUUAAAUUGCCUGAAAUCCUCAAAGAUAUUGUGACAUUUGUAGUGCAUUGUGCUUGUAAAUGCUUCAAAUGUUAAUGUUGGAAAAAAGUUUGCAAUUAUGUCAGAUGGCUUGUGCUCUGCUACUACCAGCAAUUUUUUUGUUAUAUGGAAAACAAACCGUAGAUUAUGUGCUGAUGGUAAAGCUUGGUAACAAAUUUAAAAAAUGUUAAAAAUAUUUUAAUUUGCUAAUUGCGAUGUUUACUUGCUGUCUUGACAGUAAUUUUAGUUACACAGCAGCACUCAGGGGCUGGAACUAUACGUAAAUGAAAAUCAUAGUAUUCUUUUGAGAAGAAUAGUCCAUUAGGCAGUUAGCAUCAUAUAACAGAAAUAAAUGUAAAAGGCAAUUUCUGUUGUAUGAUGGAUACAUACUUCUGCAGUAUUAGAUGCGGGCCAUAAAUAAGGUUGGAUAUGAGUAACAAACUGUGGUGUCUGCGUGAGGUUUUUAAUAUAGUUGCCCGUUUGUUGAGCAAGUGCUAUGAACAGCUAGUAGCUGUACAAAUGCUGAAACAGUACUAUUAUUACUAAAUAAACUUUCCUUGAAAUAACUUUUCACGUUUCUCUUUCAAUAAUGGCAAGUCUUUCUGUGUUUCAUCAUUACUCUGUAAAAAUCAUAAUACAACAUAUUAGACAGGAAUAUUACUGAUUUACAUAACAGUACAGUUUAUUUUUCUAUUGGUGUCAAAGAAUUCCGAGCAAAUUUGUAAGGGUUAAGAGGGGAGGAGUGAACGUACAUCACCACUUCUCAGACACUUCAGUUACAGAAUAACGUACUGUAAUAGUAUUAUCAUUUUAUAUAGUGGUUUACCUACAGAAAAUGGUGUGUAUUACAAAGAUUUUGGAAAUAAUUAUAAAAACUUCAUUGUAAAUACUGCAUGAGCUAUAAAUUGAAAUUUCAGCCUUCAGUGUCACACCUGCCCAUGCAGGUGUUGACUUUAUUAUCUGCAUGUUUUAGUUACUUUAUUUUGCUUUGUGCUCUAUGUACUUCCUGAGAAAUGUGUAUGCUGUUGUGGUGUGACACACAAAUUCAAUUAACUAUGCAGUGAGGCCCUAUAAUAGAAUUGAGAAAAGAUAGCCAAAACUUUUAUAAAACUGAACUUCUGUGUAAAAAUGAUAAUUUUAUGGUCUAGUAAUUAUUAUCCAUCACCUUUUUAAUGUUAAGAGUGCAUUUUCAGUGAAACUGCAUAUUUACUAAAGAUCAUUAUACUAUUUUGUAAAGUUUAUUACCAUAUGCAUUGCCAUUUACUAUGCACAAAGAUAUCAUUUGCUUUAUAUUUGUAGAUGGAAUUUAAGAAUUGUCAUGUAUACAAAGAUAGAUAGUGUAGAUGGAUAAUAGUAACAAGUUAGUAUAUUCCAGUGUUGUGAAAUUCAUAUUGUGGCUGUAGGUAUCCAAUGGUGGUUUGUAUUUAUGAUUGUAACAUUCAUUCGUGCCAGUUACAUUUUAAUGGAACUGCAAAGCAAGUUACUUUUGUAGAUAUUUAUUUCCUCACUGUAUUGAAAGAAAAAAAAAAUUUGUAGUAAUAUGAAGAAAACUGGACAUGAAGAUUCCUUUUAUUAUUAUUAUUAUUAUUAUUAUUAUUAUUCCAGCAUUCUUGUGAAAAGCAGUUUCCUUGUAAUGUAGCAUUGGUGCAAACAGCAAUAGUUUAUUAGUAGUACUGAUAAAGACAAACUAGUAUGUAAGAUUAUGAGAAAAGCCAUUCAAGUCAAUUAAAAGAAAAUAAUAAGUGUAUUAAUGCUAAAGUGUCAAGUUUCAAGCCUCAGCUUAUUUAGGUGUUUUCUGCAGAUAACCUAGUUGUGUCAUUAACUGAAUGAAACAAGACUUCAACACCCAGAAGUGUGUGUGUGUGUGUGUGUGUGUGUGUGUGUGUGUGUGUGUGGUGAAAUAUGUAAACAUUGUUUAUGACACAGUAACAGCCCUGUUCCGAAAUGAUUCCAUGGGUUGUUUGUUAUUUCUUUCACUCACUCAACCCCCCCCCCCCCCCAAAAAAAAAGCCUCAUAAAAAACUAUUGUGUAGUAAUGGACAGGCUAUUACUUUACCUACUUUCCAUUUGUCAGUGUGUUAAGUUUAUGUGUAAAUAAUGAACCUUGUAAUGAGAAGUGUGCUGGAAGUGAAACUGAUCAUUUCAUUGUAGAUAUUUUGACUGUUUAUCUGGACCAUGCAGACUAUUAUCAGUAAUUACUUAUGCAACUUACAGUAACUUGCAGCCAAACCUGUUGUGGUACCAAGGUCUUCUGUGUCAUAGUGCAGAUUCUGUAUGUAGAAGUAUUUAUACUUUAUCCAAUGGCUCCACCUUCUUUGCAAGUUACUUUUUAGUAGGUGCAUGAUCUCAUGUUAGAUUCAGUUGGAGCCUGAACUGUAAUUCAUUUAAUUUAAAACAUACAAAAAUAGUCGUUAUGAGCAGUUUUUGUGCACCUUUAAAAUGUAUGCCAUUUUUAAUAGUGUUAUGAUUAAUCAGUGAUCAGGUCUAGAGUACCUCUGUGGGGGACAAAUGGACUUAAGUGUCACAUCAGAAACAAUAAAAUAUUGUGAAUUGAGACCAAUAGUCUUAGUGUUAAAUUUUGUGCACUUACUAUAUGGUUAAAUUGAGGUCUGUACUAAUUAAUAUUAGUUUAUUAAAAAUUUCAUUAUUAACAAGUCUCUUUACAUGUAUGCUGCAUUUGUAGAACUGUGAAGAUAUUAAUACAGACGUGUUUGAAAUGACCAUCAGAAUCACAGAGUCUGUAAAGGGUUUAGAUUUGUUAUUGUUAAGAGUCCCUUUUAUUGCUACAUGUAACUGUUUUUAAAUGACAGAACAACACCUUUUGUUUUCCAAAUGUAUGCCUCUCUUGAUAACUUCAUUUUUUGAAAAUACUACGUGUAGAUAAAAUUCACAAAUAUCAAGCUAUUCCAUGUUUUUUUAAUCAGUGCAAUAUUUUGUUGGAAGACUUCUGUAUGCUACUGAAACUAGUUUUGUAACUAGAUCAAACGAUUUUUAGUGAAGUUGUAAGCUGCUGCUUUAGUUAUCAAACUGAAUACUGUAUCAAAAUAUUUCACAUUAGCAGUUAAUUUUAUUUUGUGUGUGUGUGUGUGUGUGUGUGUGUGUGUGUGUGUGUGUGUGUGUGUGUGUCUCCCCAUGGAAGAUUUUCAGAACAGCUUCAAUAAAAUUUGAUGCGAUACUGUGACAGAAGGUGUAAAUUUUAUGCAAUAAAAUGAUCAAAACUA